GCCCGGUCACGUGCCAUCUUGGUUUGUUGUCAUUGUGCUGACUGGUCGAUAGACAGCCACUCCGUCCCGCCAGCCUCCCGCCAUGCCCCGCACAGCCUCUGCCUGACCGACAUACUGACCGAGCGAUGUCCCGGGACGGGUCCGACAGCGAGGAGGAGGAGGAGCGCGAGGCGCUGCUCCAGACCCGCGAGAGGGGCGCGAGGACCCCGCGAGCGCCGGCGUGCUGCUCGGCGCGCUACGGCCUGGCGCUGGUCUCCUGCUAUGGCUUCUUCGUGGUGUACUCCCUGCGGGUCAACCUCAGCGUGGCCAUGGUGGACAUGAUCAACGCCACCGAGCCAGCCAAUCACAGCGCCUCCGUUUGCCCGUCCAGCCAGACCGUGGCCGGACGCAACCACACGGCCCGUGUGUACGACUGGGACUCGGAGACCCAGGGCUGGAUCCUGGGCUCCUUCUUCUACGGGUACAUCCUGACCCAGGUCCCCGGGGGGUACCUGGCCAGCCGCUACGGGGCCAAGUGGCUGAUGGGGCUGGGCAUCCUGAGCACCGUGAUCUUCACCCUGCUGACCCCCCUUGCCGCCGACCUGGGUGCCGGCUACCUGAUCGCCGUCCGCGUGCUGGAGGGCAUCGGAGAGGGGGUUACCUAUCCUUCUAUGUAUGCCAUGUGGGCCGCUUGGGCCCCCCCCCUUGAGAGGAGCAGACUGCUGACCAUCUCCUUUACUGGAGCUCAGCUGGGGACGGUCAUCGCUCUCCCGCUGUCUGGAGAGAUCUGCUACUACCUGGACUGGACCUGGAUCUUCUACAUCUUCGGCAUGGUGGGGUUGGUUUGGUUCGUCCUGUGGUCUCUGCUGGUCUUCAACAGUCCGGACCGCCACCCCAGGAUCUCUGACAGAGAGAGGACCUACAUCUGCAGCUCGCUGGAGAACGAGGUGUCCCGGGAGCUGGGUCCGGUCCCGUGGGGGUCCAUCCUGACCUGCAGACCGCUCUGGGCCAUCGUGGUCGCCCACUUCUCCUACAACUGGACCUUCUACACGCUGCUCACCCUGCUGCCCACCUACAUGAAGAACGUCCUAGGCUUCAGCAUCCAGCAGAACGGCGUGCUCUCGGCGCUGCCCUACCUGGGCUCCGGGCUGCUGGCGGUGGGGGGGGGGCAGCUGGCCGACUACCUGAGGGACGCACGCCAGUACCGCACCGUGGUGGUCCGCAAGGCCUUCUCCCUCGUCGGCAUGGUGGGGCCGGCCGUGUUCUUGGUUGCCGCCGGCUACACGGGCUGUAACCCCCUUUUGGCCGUGGUCUUCCUCACCAUCUCGUCCUCCCUGGGGGGGCUUUCAGCCUCGGGCUUCAACAUCAACCACCUGGACAUCGCCCCCUCGUACGCGGGCAUCCUGCUGGGCAUCACCAACACCUUCGGCACCAUCCCAGGCAUGGUGGGCCCCGUGGUCGCCCGGGCCCUCACCAAGAACAACACCAUGGAGGAGUGGCAGCUGGUGUUCUACAUCUCCGCCGGCGUCAAUCUCCUGGGAGCCGCCUUCUACACUGUGUUUGGCCGAGGGACGGUCCAACCCUGGGCCGUCCCCAAGCCCCGCCCUCUGCAGGAUUGACCAAUGGCAGCCCGGGUUCCUGCGUGCUGCUUUACCACCGCUGGUGGCUCGGUGCUCAGGAUUAGCCCAGAUGGCUUAGGAGUUAAUUUAGUAACUAGUUAACUCAGCGAGGUGUAGCAGCGCUUUACACACUCACUUUUAAAGGGAACAUUGGUAAUCUUAAAUCGAAUCGUAGUCCAACAGAUGUUAUUUUAGAGCUCAAAGCUGAUUGGGUAUGACCCCGGCCAAUGGGCUGGUCUCGAUGUGAACCUCUAGCUGCUAAUCGGCACUCGGAGGAGUACGCCUUACACAGAAGCCUUUUAUUCUCUCUCUCUCUUGCGCGCUCUCGCGCGCUCUCGCGCUCUCUCUCUCUCUCUCUCUCUCUCUCUCUCUCUCUCUCUCUCUCUCUCUCUCUCUCUCUCUCUCUCUCUCUCUCUCUCUCUCUCUCUCUGUGGCACUUAGUGAUUGGUUCUUCCCUCGCCGCUCUCUAUGCAAAUAAACACGCCCAUAAUUUCCCUUUUGCAAAACCAAAGGCGGGCCAGCAGGGGGGGGGGGGGGGGGGGCAACACUGUGACCACUGGGGCGGCAGCACUUUGACCACUGGGGGGGCCGCACUGUGGACCCUGAAGAAGAGUCCAAACUAGUCACUCGAGUCAAUCCCUUCGAGUUGUUCCGUACACCUGGGAGACCGCCAACACGUAGUGCCCGGUAAAGGGCUUUUUAUGGUUCCAAGUUCCCGCAACGCUAUGAUCACGCAGACGCUUCGACGCAGUCGUGAACGUUUGUGAUUCUACGUCGGGUUUUAGUAAGCGGACCAAUCACAGCCCUUGCUGCUGCGUCGCCUCAACGGAAGGUUACGUAAGGGGUCCGUAACCCCCUUUCGUUGCGGGAACGUGGAACCAUAAAAAGCCCUUAAGACCAGGCCUCUCUCUCUCUCUCUCUCUCUCUCUCUCUCUCUCUCUCUCUCUCUCUCUCUCUCUCUCUCUCUCUCUCUCUGUCUCUGUCUCUGUCUCUGUCUCUGUCUCUCUCGGAAUUUUCAACAGUUAAAGGGACUCGAGCCUCGUUCAUAUGAAUGUGAGGCUAAAUAUUGUAUACAGAUGCUGCAGAUAUUGUAUCGUAAUGAAUCUAUUAAGAUGUUUUUAUUAAUUACUUAAAAUGUUUUUAUAAAUUACUUUUACCUGUUUUUAUUAAUUACUUAAAAUGUUUUUAUAAAUUUAUUUUACAUGUUUUUAUCAAUUACUUUAAUGCAUGAACUCGAUUUUCUGAGAGGGAAACGAAGAGGACCAAAAUUCACCGCACACCUCUUGCGCGUCUUUCUUUUCGUAGGAUGGUAUGGGUAAGUACCGCCUUUUUCGCCUCUGAUUGGUUAGAAGGGUUCCCCUUUAGAUCGUGUUUCGAUUAGUCCUAGCUGUUUGGGGGAGUUAAGGUUAAGGGUGAGGGUUAACCCUCACCCCAACCCUAACCAAUCGGAGGAGAGCCCUUCCAACCAAUCAGAGGCGAAAAAGGCGAUACUUACCCGUACCAUCCUACGAGAAAAAGAUUCGCAAGUGUGUUCAUCAUUUACAUUAAUUAAUUUGCAUAUCAGGAGAAUAAGGGAGUUGAUUCAUCACGCGUUAAUGUUUAAAGUUCGCACAACCUUUUCCUUAUCGUUUAGUUACUGAACAAGAGACGCGUUCUGAGAUCUGUUUUGUAUUCUAUUGUUUUCUUAAUAAACCAAAUGAUGUCUUAAAA